AUGGCUGGGGGUUACGACCGUGCCAUCACCGUGUUCUCGCCGGAUGGCCAUCUAUUCCAAGUGGAGUACGCCCUAGAGGCGGUCAGGAAGGGCACAACUACGGUGGGCGUCAAGGGCAAGGACUGUGUUGUCCUGGCCGUGGAACGGCGCGCAACGCCCAAGUUGCAGGAUCCCAGGACAAUUCGAAAAAUCUUGGUGGUGGACGACAACAUCGCUUUGACCUUCGCAGGUCUGAAUGCAGAUGCCAGGGUGCUGGUGAACAAGACGAGAGUGGAAUGCCAGUCAUAUCGCCUGAAUGUCGAGGGCUACCUCCAUCAGCGGCUCUGUGAAGCCUGGGAGCGACGUCGGAGUGCAGGCGUUUUGGAGUGGCCGGCCAGCGACGACGAUCUGGGGGAGUUUCAUGCCUUAGAUGGGCCGAGCAAAAUGGUGGUGCAACUGGCGCCAAGCCGUGGCAAGAAGAGGUCGUUGAACUCCCCGCAGAUGAAUUCGACGCGGAUGCCGUUCGAUGGUGAGAGAUUUCACUUCGGUAAGGUGGACCAAGAGGAGGUCUUGCUGUGUUUCAAUCCCUGGCGUCAAAGUUCAUGCCAUCAUACAGACACUUCCAACACCUGCCACUGGCCGCAAUACGCCGAGAUUUCGGAGGGGAACUGCAAGGAUGAUCCAGCCAUGGUCCUUGUGAACAAGCAUCCGAUUUGCCGGAACCAUUUUUUAUUGGUUCCCCGAGGGGGUGAACAACCCCAAGUGCUGACUUUGGAUGCGCUGAUGAUGGGCCUGGCCUUUGCACUGCGCAGUUCCCGUCGACUCUGGGUGUCUUUCAAUACCAUUGGAGCUGGGGCUUCGGUGAACCACCUGCACCUACAUGGUUUCUUCCCUGGCACUGGUGGUGUGCCACCGCGGACCCUGGACGUCUUUCCCUUCGAGCAGCAGCUCUCGAAGCUGCAGCUGGCGGCGAAACCCCGAGGACCGCUGACGCUGUCGCGCACCACUGCGUGGCCGCUCUGCGCCUGGGUGUUUACCUGGACAGAUGAAGAGGCGUUGAAGAUUGACAGCAAGCUCAUGGAGCGGCGGAUGGCAGAGUUUGUUCAUGCUUUCAUUGAGACGUUGCAGGUGCUGGACAUUGCUCACAACGUCCACAUUCGAAUGGCACAGCGCAAGGUGGUGGUCUUCCCUCGACAAACCUUGUUUGAACAGAGCCACGAUGUGACGCAGUUGCAAGUCUCCGGCCAUGAAGUGCUUGGCUGGUGGGUGGUGGCACGUGAGGACCACGAGUUGGAUGGCACCCUGGCCGAAACGAUGAUGCGCCGGGCCCAGCUGCCAAAGACGAUGCAGCAGAAGGUGUUGAAGGCGCUGGAGUGGAUCGGUUGGUCACUCUUUGAGGAUGCCAAAUUCCUGUGUGAUGGGGAGGACGCUCCAACAGUGGAUUACUUGGCUAGGUUUAUUGCAAGAACGCAGCAGAAGUACACCCACAGAGGCGGCGUUCGACCCUUUGGCAUCAGCACCCUUUUGGGCGGAUUCGAUACCAAGGGCCAGCCGGCCUUGUUUCAGACAGACCCUGCAGGAACCUACUAUGCAUGGAAGGCAACAGCCAUUGGCAAGAACUCCAAGAGUGUGACGGACUUCUUGGAGAAGAAGUACAAAGAAGAUCUAGACGAGGAUGCCACCAUCAAGUUGGCUCUCAAGGGACUACUGGAGGUCACUGAAGCUUCUGGAAAGAACAUUGAGGUGGUGAUCAUCAAGCAGUCUGGCAUUACGUGGAUGCCAGACGAGAGCCUGGAACCUUUGGUGAAGGAAUUGGAUGACACAGCAGACCCUUGGCGAGAAGAUCGCCAAGCUCAAGGAGCAGCAGUGAGGUCCAUGAGUCAACUCCAAGGGACAGCAGUCGGUGCACUGGCUGCUUUGAGUCGCUGCCGACCUCGCGGACUCAGCGGUCGCGACAUCCGUGUUGGAACUCGGUGGCAAGGCCAUCGCCGUUGCUUCUCUUCAGAAAGGGAAGUCAAGGACGAGAAGGAGACACCUGAGCCCCCGCAAACCUUUGGUGAGAAGCUGGUGGUCUUCGGCCUUGCCUUGCGUGGCAUGGCGCUGCUGCCCCGUUUCGCGCCCGCUGCACAAGUGCUGCGCUUCGCCGGGGUCGGGCCCAUGGCAGUGGGCGCCGCCGUGUCGUUGUACGAAUUAGGCGGCUGGCGAUUGCUGUUGGCGGUGCCGGGAUCGGUGGGGUUGGCGGUGUCGGCCUCCGUGUUGACGGAAAAGAAGCUGGAGGAGCAGCUGAAGGAAUCAGUGCAGGCGCGGCUGAGCGAAGUGGGCUGCGUCCCGCCAGAGCUGAUGCAGCUGCCUGAUGCGAAAGUGGCGAACUUUGAGACGAACCGCUGCAAAUUGGAGGCAGUCUAUAGAAGGGAUGGCUUCACCUGGCAGCUGGAGGUGAGAGCGGAGCGGAAGAGCUUUCCCCUCAAGUGGGAGGUGACGCAGAUCCACGUGAAGAAAGGUUGCUGCGCUCCAAGCGGACAAUCACUUCCGCCACAGACAAGACACUGGGAUCCACAGCAGGAAGUUCUGAAGUGGAGUACUGUGUUCAGUGAGCCGGCCCUGGCAAAUUCGGAGUGA